CCCUGCCACCCCAGCUGGACCCAGUGGGGGAAAAAGUUCUGGGGAUGUGAGAUGGGAAAAAGGUGUGGAAGGGCAGGACUUGGAUGGAAAUCAUCACAAUUUCCAUGGCAAGAACUGAGCAGAGCAGAAAAGCUGAAAAGGCAGGGGGGGAGUGAAAGGGAGAUAAGGAAAUUUGGGGGAAGAAGGGCUGAGAAGGUGAAAAGGCAGGGGGGGAGUGAAAGGGAGAUAAGGAAAUUUGGGGGAAGAAGGGCUGAGAAGGUGAAAAGGCAGGGGGGGAGUGAAAGGGAGAUAAGGAAAUUUGGGGGAAGAAGGGCUGAGAAGGUGAAAAGGCAGGGGGGGAGUGAAAGGGAGAUAAGGAAAUUUGGGGGAAGAAGGGCUGAGAAGGUGAAAAGGCAGGGGGGGAGUGAAAGGGAGAUAAGGAAAUUUGGGGGAAGAAGGGCUGAGAAGGUGAAAAGGCAGGGGGGGAGUGAAAGGGAGAUAAGGAAAUUUGGGGGAAGAAGGGCUGAGAAGGUGAAAAGGCAGGGGGGGAGUGAAAGGGAGAUAAGGAAAUUUGGGGGAAGAAGGGCUGAGAAGGUGAAAAGGCAGGGGGGGAGUGAAAGGGAGAUAAGGAAAUUUGGGGGAAGAAGGGCUGAGAAGGUGAAAAGGCAGGGGGGGAGUGAAAGGGAGAUAAGGAAAUUUGGGGGAAGAAGGGCUGAGAAGGUGAAAAGGCAGGGGGGGAGUGAAAGGGAGAUAAGGAAAUUUGGGGGAAGAAGGGCUGAGAAGGUGAAAAGGCAGGGGGGGAGUGAAAGGGAGAUAAGGAAAUUUGGGGGAAGAAGGGCUGAGAAGGUGAAAAGGCAGGGGGGGAGUGAAAGGGAGAUAAGGAAAUUUGGGGGAAGAAGGGCUGAGAAGGUGAAAAGGCAGGGGGGGACUAAAAGGGAGAUAAGGAAAUUUGGGGGAAGAAGGGCUGAGAAGGUGAAAAGGCAGGGGGGGAGUGAAAGGGAGAUAAGGAAUUUUGGGGGAAGAAGGAGGGACCCGAAUCAUCGCUGCACUCCAGAAGGAAAUGAGAAACGAGGCCGUGUGGAGCUCUGA